AUGCUGCAACGGACCAAGUAUAACCGCUUCAGGAAUGAUUCGGUGACAUCAGUCGAUGAACUUAUCCACAACCUGUCCAUGAGCGGCGGCAGCGGCGGCAAGGUCUCAGCAGUGCCCGCGACCUCCGCGGCGUCCCCCUACCUGGUCUCCAGCGAGGCGCUGCGCAAAGCGCCGGACGAUGGGCCCAGCAGCCUGGGCCACCUGCUCCACAAGGUGUCCCACCUGAAACUCUCCAGCUCGGGCCUCCGCAGCCUGUCGUCCGCCGCGAGGGAGCGGGCCGGCGCCAAGCUCACCGGCAGCUGCAGCGCUCCCAGCCUGGCCGCCGGCCCCCCGGACCGCACAUGUGCCGGCGCCCCGGCCCCAGGCAGCGCGCCGCCGGCCCAGAGCGAGAUGACCGCCGCCAGGAAGGGCCGGCCCGGCGAGGAGCUGCUGCCCAGGCCCCCCCGGGGCUGGCUGCACGCCAGCGACCAGGUCCUGGGGCCCGGAGUGACGUACGUCGUCAAGUACUUGGGAUGCAUUGAAGUUCUGCGCUCAAUGAGGUCUCUUGACUUCAGUACAAGAACACAAAUUACCAGGGAAGCCAUCAGCCGUGUUUGCGAAGCUGUAACUGGUGCCAAAGGAGCCUUCAAGAAAAGGAAGCCUCCAAGCAAAAUGUUGUCCAGCAUCUUGGGAAAGAGCAACCUCCAGUUCGCAGGGAUGAGUAUCUCUCUCACCAUUUCCACCACCAGCCUGAAUCUGCGGACACCUGACUCCAAACAGAUCAUUGCGAACCAUCACAUGCAGUCCAUCUCCUUUGCCUCCGGAGGAGACCCGGACACAACAGACUAUGUUGCCUAUGUAGCUAAAGACCCUGUUAAUCGCAGAGCAUGUCACAUACUGGAAUGUUGUGGUGGGCUGGCCCAGGAUGUCAUCAGCUCCAUUGGACAAGCCUUUGAGCUUCGGUUUAAGCAAUAUUUACAGUGUCCUUCCAAGAUACCUGCACUUCAUGAUCGAAUGCAGAGUCUGGAUGAGCCAUGGACCGAAGAAGAGGGAGAUGACUCUGACCAUCCAUACUACAAUAGCAUUCCAAACAAGGUGCCUCCUCCAGGGGGGUUUCAUGAUGCUCGACAGAAAGUUAGAUCCUAUGUUCCUGACACAGCCCAGUUUGCAGGAAAAGAGCAAACUUAUUACCAGGGAAGACACUUAGGAGACAAGUUUGGCGAAGACUGGCAGCAGCCACCUGUUAGACAAGGGUCUUUGGACAUCUACAGCAUGCCAGAAGGAAAGUCACUCGAGGCCCCUACAGGAGAAGCACCCACCUACGUCAAUACCCAGCACAUCCCACAGCAGGCCGGGCUGGCCCUGGCAGGGGCUGCACUGAACUUGGACAUGGGAGCGGCCAGCAGCAGUGGAGAGAACAGCCCACGGAAAGACUUGUUUGACAUGAAACCUUUUGAAGAUGCUCUCAAGAACCAGACCAUAGGACCAAUGUUGAGCAAGGCAGCCUCAGUAGAAUGCAUCAGCCCCAUCUCCCCCAGAGCCCCGGAUGCCAAGAUGGUGGAAGAACUAAAGGAAGAGCCAUGGUACCAAGGAGAGAUGAGCAGGAAGGAGGCAGAGGGGCUGCUGAAGAAGGAUGGAGACUUCCUGGUCAGGAAAAGCACCACGAACUCGGGUUCCUUUGUCCUCACCGGCAUGCACAACGGCCAGGCCAAGCACCUGCUGCUGAUGGACCCUGAAGGCACGAUCCGCACCAAGGACAGGGUCUUUGACAGCAUUGGCCACCUCAUCAACCACCACCUGGAGAACGGCGUGCCCAUUGUCUCUGCUGGGAGUGAGCUCUGCCUCCAGCAGCCCGUGGAAAGGAAGCAGUGA